CCGGGUGAUGGGAGGGUCUGAAACUGUCACAUUUAUUACACGAGCGUCAUGAUUUCGCUGGCGCCCAGUUCCUGAUGCAAUGGAAAUCUGAAGAUUACACACUCCAAUAAAACAAAGGAAGAGGAGUUAAACCUGACCAGAGCACAGCGGGGGGCGGCGGGGAAGACUGCGACUUUAUUUAGGUACACCAGAAACAGGGGGCAGCCAGCCGGGUGAUCUGAGUGUUUCCUGGCUUUGAUGCGACCCGAGUGUGCCUGGAGCAUGUCCACAGUAGGCCUGACUGCCCAGGAGAUCUCUUUUCCCAUAGAAAACCCCUUCCUGCGGGGCAGUUACUGUCACGGCAUGGCUGGAUCCAAACCCUCGUGGAGCCUCCGCCAUGAGCUGGACAACUGCUACUUCGCAAUGGCCACAGGUCACACAGAUUACAGCUCUCGAGCCCAGCAAAAGGGGCCACCUCCACCAUCUCUAAACUAUGAGAGAAAGAAACACAGUCCCAGCUCACAAAGAUUACUACCCCCGAAGAAAUCCCGUCCUUCCCAUCUUACCUUGUCCUGCACCGCCGAACCUUCCACCCAAAGCCCCGUGGACGACGAUCAGGUGGUCCCCUCAUUCAAGAGGCUUUCGGUGCACGAGUGCAACAGUCCGCCACAGACUCCAGGACGAUGCUCAAAGCCUCUCCCACCUAUCCCUCUACACACGGACAUCUCCCCCGAGCAGGCAAUGGACAACGAGGUAGAAUUUUUCACCAGUACGGACGACGACCAGCGCUGCCUGGUCACCGACCAGUAUCCAAAACCUUCUCCUUUUCGGUGUGGGAUCCCCAGCCGCAGGAGCUUCAGAGACUGUGGGCAGGUUAACUAUGCUUACUACGAUGGCCCGUUAGGCCCCCAAAGCCAGAGACAGCCCCAGCAGCCCCAUCCAACACCUCCUCCACAGGAAGUGCGGAAACUAAAAGAGGAGCGACGCCAGGAACUGCCUGAGCCCGCGGUGUGUCAGAAACCGCAGGACAAGUCUCGGAGGCGGCUGCAGCGCUCCCACUCUGGCCCAGCUGGGUCCCUUAACAAGCUACGCCUACCGUGCCACAAACGCCACCCUCAAGGAGCAGACAAGCCAGAGGUUCCACCCCCUAUCCCUCCGCGGGCAGUUAAGCCGGGAGAGAACCGCCGCUGGUCAGCAGAGGUCUCAUCCUGCAGUGAUGAGUACAGACCACCCAAGGUGCCCCCCAGGGAACGCCUGCCCGGAGGCAGCUCUCGCACCCCCAGCCCCAAGAGCCUCCCAUCGUACGCCAACGGAGUGAUGCCCCCGACCCAAAGCUUCGCACCCGACCCUAAUUACGUAAGCUGUCGAGGUUUACAGAGACAGAACAGCGAGGGCUCCCCCUGCAUCUUUCCUGUCAUAGAAGACGGCAAGAAGGUCAGCAACACACAUUACUAUCUCAUGCCCCAGCGGACUACUUUCAUGGACUCGUUCUGCGGCACGGACAGCGCCGCGGCUCGCAACACAGAUGUAUCGGACUGGGACUGCCACACCAAGCGAAAGGAACACGUGGAUUUAGUUUGAAUGGUUUUAGCGGAGCUAGCAGAGGACUCUCGAUGAGUAAAAACCACUUUUUAUACUGGUGAAACCGGAAGCUAACAACCCUGAAACUGCUGCUUUUACAGUUUUUUGACCCUUUAUGUAUUCUAAACACACAGGCUAUGUGUGCACUGUAUUCAGUUACUGCUAAUGUUUGAAUAGCUCUCACCACCCAGAUACUUUAUAGAAAUAAAAUUAUGUCACACUAUAAUGACAUACUAUUGUGGGCGAAACAAUGUAAAGCUUAUUUUUGAUAGGAUUUUUAUUUCAUAACAUUUACUAUUGUGCUUUUUUUUUCUAAUGAUGUGGUACAAGCAGGUCUUGAACCUCACAUUCUCAGUGUUUUUGUCUGGAAGGUUAAGGCUGUUUUGUGAGGUGCCCUAGAGCAUUUUGAUGCUGCUUCUGUAUCUCAAAGGGCACAAAAGGUCAGUGAUGUGUCCAGACUAUAUAUGAAGUAAACACAAGGCCAAUUAAUCUUUAACAAAUGAAGGAUACAAGCAGACAAAUCUCUGUUUGUUUGCUGUUAUAUAUCAACACUGAUAUGGAUUCCCAGCCUUGAUGAAGUCUUACUCAUAUCUGUGUUUCCCACAAGGCACGUUGUCGUGGUACAUUUUGUACUAAGAAGUGGGAGCAUUACUGGUAGCUAUGUUUCCAUUGAAAUGUCUAGUGCAGCUUAUGUGGUUAAGUCCUGUGUGUGUGUGUGUGCCUGUGUAUGUGUGUGUAAACACGUUUGUGCAUGUGUAAAGCAGAUGAAGUGUUCCUGUGAUCCUAUUAGACAAUUAACUAGAGAAUUGUCAACUUGUUACCGUGCCUGCUUGUUUGCAGCACCUGUUUAAGAAGUGAACACAUUUAAUUAGCCCGUCGUUCAGUGUCCACGUCUCUCUUUGUUGCACAGAACUUGCUCUGUUGAUGUGAAUGUACACCAUUCUUAAUGAAAUCAAACAGUUGGAGGAGCUUGUUUUUGGCGAAGCUGUGAGUCAUUGCUUGAAACACAUUUGUCUCAAGUUCUACCUCCUUUGUGAUAUUAAACCUCUUAUUUCACAUGCUCCACAUUACAAUUGUGUUCGAGGCUGUAGUCUGAAAUCAUAGUCCACAAACUACGACGUAAACGAUUUCACAUGCAACCUGACAAAAAGCUGAAAUUGACUUAAGAGUAACACAAAGUCAUUCUAACUAGAAAUCCAAAAAUAGAGACUUUCAGAUUACGCAGAUCUCAGAGAUAUAAGGUUUACCUGUUAAUAGAGAUGCAUUACAAAGAAGGUGCAGGGUUUACCUGCUCGACACAGACUUUCCUGUUCUGCUCAUGCAUUCCUGCCUUACAUGAUUGCAGUGGGUGUGGUCUCGAAGACUUUGGCUGCUGGCAGCCGAGAAAAUACAUGAAUUUUAUAGUUGUAGAUUGUUCAGGAAGCGUCAGGGUGGUAUAGUAAAUGUAGCACAUGUGUUGAAGUAAGCCUUGGUACGGACACGGUGUUCAGUCUGGGAAACAGAUAACUGCUAAGGUCAACUGGUCAAUGAAGUAUCCUUUUUCUCUCCCUCCUGCUUAAAAACGCAAUACUGCUUUGGACUUAAAUGUUUGAGAAUGUUUACAUGAUACAGUACACAGACAAUUUAAUCUUAAGGUAUUCAUGUCUUAUUAGGAAUAUUAAAGCUGAAUGAAGACUAGUUUAUCAAGAAAUGACUUCUCUGCUGUGUAGAAAAUAUGCACUGGGAGAGUACAAUCUGCUGUGUACAGUAUUUAACAAUUCCAUGUUGUUAUGAGUAGCUAAAAAGGAAACAAAAUAAAGUGACUUAUUUAUGA